UUUCAUUUUUAUUCCAAUUUUUGUUGCUUAUAAUUAUCUAUAAAAGAUUGUGAUAAAUGGCUCAGUCUAGUUUGAUGACUUCUAUUGAACCCUAUCGAAGGGGCACUUCCUUUGCCGAUUGGGUUGAUAGAUUGGGUUAUGUUUUUGUUGCUAAUAAUAUAACUGACGCCGCAAAAAAAGCACAUUUUAUUACACUUAGCGGCCCGGCGGUGUACACUGAGUUGAAACUUUUAUAUCCAAAUGAAAACCUUUCUGAAGUAGCAUACGCCGAUAUGAUUGGUCGAUUAAAGUCAAGAUUAGAUAAAACAGAAUCUGAUCUAAUUCAGAGAUUUAAAUUCUAUAACAGGGUUCAACAACCCGAUGAAUCCCUUGAGGAUUUUGUUCUUUCGGUGAAACUGCAGGCUGAGUUCUGCUCUUUCGGCACUUUUAAAAUAGAAGCUAUUAGAGAUCGUAUUGUUGGUGGUGUUAGAGAAAAGGCCCUCCAACAACGACUCUUAAAUGAGGAUAAUUUAUCAUUAGAAGCAGCAGAAAAGAUUUUAACAACAUGGGAGAUGGCUAGUAGUAAUGCUAAAACAUUGAAUAACACUUCCAAAGUGGAACAUUUUGAUACUCAAUUUGGGUUUCCUAAUAAUUCGAUUCAAGGGAAAGGUGGAAAUGCUUUGGAUAAGCUUAUAGCAACGGUAGAGUUGGCAAGAAAACAAAAUAGCGGGCGUAUGCCGAUAAAAAGUCGUUUAGGUUUUAGGCCUUACAGACAGGAUUACGAUAGAAAUGGGGGUAGUUAUGGGGAUGCCCAUUCAGCAAAAUGGAGGAAAAAUCAAUAUGGACAGCGAUCAAGUUAUGAGGAUCGUGUAUGCAGUUAUUGUGGGGUCAAAGGUCAUCUCAGAAGGAAGUGUUUCAAGUUGAAAAAUAAUCAAAGGGAUUCAGUAAAAUUUAUUUCACCAGGAGAGAGCGAUCAACCUAGCAGCGGUUUGUCGGAGCUGUUAAAUCGUAUGAAGACGAAGGAUUCGGAUAGCGAGGAUGAUCAGGAAAUGGAAGAUUCAAAUUGGAAGCGUGCUUACCAUGGCACACCGUCAUCAAAUUAGAGCUUCUGGAUUAGAUGACCGUAUGACGAAACCGAAUAUGAAGAUAACAACAACUUCCGGAUUGGAACAAGAGGAACGAGUAACUAGUGAAGAUGAAGAAUUUCGAGGAUUUCCAGAAGAAUCUUCUCCUAAGUGCAGAAAAAGAAAACAUGAACAUGAUGUUGCAAUUGGUACGCCAAAGAUUGUAAGGCGUUCGAAAAGGAUACGAACCGAAAGGGUUGAAAAAAACUUUAUCUAUAUCUGAUGAAUGUCGAUUUAGAACUACUAUACACAAUGAUGGAUGAAAUUGUUUUCAAAUUAAAUUUUAUUUAAUUCAAGUCAUAUAUUUGUUAAAUUGAUUUAAACAAUAACCGAUGAAAUUGUUUUCGAAUGAAUUUGAAUUGCUUUAGGAGUAUGAGUAGAUUUUUGAACUUAAAUUGUCUGAUUUUUGUCAGCUUUCGAACUAAAACUUUAUCAGUUAUAUAGUAAUAAGUUAAGGGGGAAGAACUGUUACACCCCUGCAAACGUCAAUCUAUAACAUAACGCAUGUGUAACACACGUAAGAUAAGAAAUAUACGACUAAGCAAAAGCGGGCACUUUUGCAUGUGAACUCCUAA